UUCACUUCUCUCACCACCGCUCAUAACCCUGAAAAAUUCAAGUCUUCCUUCGACCGUAGAAGCUCAACCCAGGAAAAAAAAAAACAAUGCUUUUACGAAGCGCGUCGACUCCACUUCUCACCUCAUUGGUUCACGUCUCGAGCCCAAGGGAAUCUCCAAUCGAAACCGAAUCUCUUCAUCAGAUCCAACGGCCCAGAUCUAUAACACUCUCCUCCUCUUCCUCCUGCUGUUACAGCCCCAUGUCUCUCCACUCCAGCGACGAAUCGUCACGGAGGAUCAAAAGGACAGCGUCGGAGAGCGAUCUCAAACAUCUGACGUCGACUAAGCAUGCGAGCAAGUUCCUCGCCGGAGCUCUGAUGGAGGACGUGGAGGAAGGAAUCGGAUUCGGGAUCAUACGCGGGUCUUCUUACGAAACCGAGGUUGGAGGCGGCGGCGGUGGCGGAGGAGGGAAGAGAAGGAGCGGCGGUAGAUCUGACGGUGGUGAUGAUGGAGAGGAUUGUACGGACGUUCAUUAUCGUGAGAUGAUUGAAGCUAAUCCUGGAAACGGGAUUUUUCUCAGUAAUUACGCCAAGUUCUUGAAAGAGGUUCGGGGAGAUUACUUGAAAGCAGAGGAGUAUUGCGGGAGAGCUGUUCUUGUGAGUCCUUACGAUGGGAAUGUUUUGGCUAUGUACGCGGAGCUUGUGUGGAUGAUUCAUAAGGAUUCGUCUCGUGCUGAGUCUUACUUCAAUCGAGCUGUUGCAGCUGCUCCUGAUGAUUGCUAUGUACAAGCCUCGUAUGCGCGGUUUCUUUGGGAUGCUGAAGAUGAUGAAGAUGAGAGACACGGAGAAGUACUUGAGGCUCAAACUUCUAGAAUGGAUUUCUUCACUGGACCUUACCCAAUUACGGCUAUGUCUUAACUCAUGUCUUAACAUGUUACGUCUAUGAUCUAUCUAACCCUUUUGUUUUAAUGUGAAUUCUUUAAUGUUGCCUCCCUUGCAUGGGUGUUUCUCUGCUUCAGUUUUAGAAUUUGUCUCAGUUGUAGACUUGUAGUAAUACCACUGGAAGGAAAAUAAGUUAUGGAAUAAAAAGUUUUGCUUUUUGAUGGGA